AUGGCGGCAACACUUGGACGCGUCUGGGACGCCGCUGUGACUUUAUUAGCGGCCCAGAGCCAAUUGCAGUCCAACGACAGCAGCGUCCCCACCGUGGAGAGGGCGGUGGAGGUCGGGGGACCGCCCUACGCCAACGUGCGAGGGGCUCCGUGCGUGCAGCCGUUGGUGUCCCAUGAGUUCGCCAAUUCCUACUACAAGCCAGCCGUCGAGUCGUUCAACGCGCCGCCUUGCGACCUCGACUACUCGGUGGUGUACCUCAAGUGGGCGGCGAGUUGCGACGCCGGGGUGCAGUACGACCGCAUUGCGGCUGUGUGGGUGAAUGGGGUGGAGCUGCUGCGGACGUCGACUGCAGAGCCGUCGAGGGAGUUCCGGGUGGCGUGGGACGUGACCAAGGACGUCUCGCUCUAUGGGGACAUCUUCAAGGGCGGUGGGACUGUGGUGGUCGCUCUGGACAAUAUCGUCAACCCGACGUACACCAGCAGCUUCAAGGUGGACGUGUCGCUCGAGUUCUUCCGUCCUCUCGACUCGAAGUUGGAGACCAAACGACCAGACCAGAUCGUGCCCGUGUCGAGUAGCAGCAAGUCGUAUGGAUGGUUCUCGGAGAAACCAUCAGCAGCGCAAGCGGGGCCUCCGCAUCGGAUGGUGCAGCUGCCAGAGAACACGGAGGAGCUGUAUUUCGAGCUCUUCCUGUCGCACCACCAGUGUGACGAGUUCUACUACUCGAAUCCGCCGGAUAACUUCGCAAUGGCGUUUGCUGAGAGUCUGGCGACACACAAAAAUAUUAGUCGAAAAGAUAUUGGAGAAGUGAUGAAUAGUGCGAGCUGUGGAGCUGAUGGGGCUUUCCGGGAGGUGCAGGUCUUGGUAGAUGAUCAAGUGGUGGGCGUGGUCUGGCCGUUUCCGUUGGUGUUCACGGGAGGCCUCAGUCCUUAUCUCUGGAAGCCGAUCGUGGGCAUUGGAGCAUUUAAUGCACCGACGUACAUCCUCAAUCUUACGCCUUUCCUCGGCAAGUUUCUGGGUACUGGAUCUCGUGCUGUUGCAUUCCGAGUAGUUUAUGGAGAAGCUUUCUGGCUGGUCGACGGGAACUUGCUGGUCUAUCAAGACGCUGGAGCUGUCCGUCCUACCCGGGUAGAAAUACUGCAGGAGAGAUUAGAUCGAUAUGUCGAACCUGCCAUGGUUACAUUGCCUGCGAUGGUUGGUGCUGGUAAUGGAACCAUCACCAACUUGAACAGCGCGUUUUGGACGUCUGUCGCGCGCGAUCUUUACGUGAAGACCAGUGUCACCACAUCGACGGGGAGGAAGGUCUACACGCUGCAGCAGCAUUUCGACUUUACGAAUACCCAAAUGUACUCGUCCGACGGCUUGGAUCAGUGGUUCGAAAGCCGCACCCAUGUUGAAACCAAGAUGACAGUCACUUCACUUUCUGCUGCACACCCUGCAGAGGACCCCAACCGUCCCGAUCAACCACCAAGAGUGCAGACUGUAUCUGUUUCGCAAAUGGAAGACUAUCCGCUUGCUGGGAGUGUGAGUUAUCGCCUUGGUCGAAAUGGAUCGUUCGUGCUGGUUACGCAGUUUGCGAACUCCUUCUCACGAUCGACGGCUGUGGACGGCUACGGGGCUGGUUUCCGCUUCGACUACACACCGCACGACGUCCAUUCGGCUCUGACAGCAUCUGCGGUGCUGGACUCGCGACAUGGCGGCGGCAACGGUUCAACACGAGCGACUUUUGCAUCGGCAUCGCCUACUGCGGGCUGCUUUUCUCGCGAAGUUGUAGCGGAGUUCGGACGCUUGGUUGUCGACAACAGUACCGUCGAAUGCCACGCGUACGAAUGA